CAGAAACUAAACUAAAACAGAAGACCUCAUGGCUCUGCAAGUGAAGCUUCCAUGGGAGUUGGAGGAAGACAUACUCUCUCGUCUUCCACCUCAAUCUCUUGUUCGAUUCAGAACCGUGUCUAAACAAUGGAACUCUGUUUUCAACGACAAGACUUUCAUCAACAAUCAUUUGUCUCGCUCCCGUCACCAGUUCAUCCUCUUGACAACUUCCAAGAUUUAUUCCAUAGACAUCAUCGAUCACAUCAACAUCGAUCCAACUAUAAGGUUGCAUGAGAUACCCACCUAUGAUAUUCGUAGCCGGGGUACAGAUUUGAAUCGCACAAUUCUACGUACUUGCGAUGAGUUCUUGUUUUAUAACUAUAAGCAUUGGGAUAACAAGACAGCUCUCUGGAGUCCAUGGUUGAGACAGGUUAGAUGGAUCGAGUACAAGAAUCAAGAGUUCUGUGUUUUCGGCUUAGGGUACGAUAAUAGUAGACCCCAAAAGGUAUACAAGAUCUUGGGCCAUAUGUUUUGUCACGGUAAAGUCUUGAGAGAUCAGAAAGUUGCGAUCUACGAGUGUGCGUCUGACUCGUUGAGGCUUAUUGAUAGACCUGAGGAUGACGACUGGCCCAUAACUGAAGCAGCUAAACGAUCAAAUGUGUCCUUGAAUGGAAAUAUCUAUUGGCUUGCUUGUAGUAAUUAUAAGACUCAUGAUUACUACAUCCGAAUCUUUGAUUUCUCGACGGAGAAUUUCAAACCUUUCUGUCUCCUUCCGUGUAAAAAGAACCAUGGUAUUGAUGAACUUAUCCUCGCGGUUUAUAAGGAAGAUCGGUUUUCGUUGUUAAAGCAAUGCAAUGUAACAAGGGAGAUUGAGAUAUGGGUAACGAAAGAGAGGAUUAGUAAUAACAAUGGGAACGGUGGAGAGGACGUGGAGUGGAUAAAGUUGAUGACCUUGUCAACAACUAAUUUGCCUAAGCUAUUUGGUAAGUCUUAUCCCAAUAGUUACUUCAUCUAUGAGAAGACCUUAUACAUGUGUGAUGGCGACGAUGAAACUGCAUUGGCUUGCAUUUAUAUUGUGAGGGAAGAUUUGUGCAAGAAGUUUCAAAUAGUAGACAUCAUCGAUCACAAAAACAUCGAUCCAACGAUAGAGUUGCGUGAGCUACCCUCCUCUGAUAUUCCAGACCGGGAAACAAAUUGGAACUACGGAACCAUCACCACUACUUGCGAUGAGUUCUUGUUUUACAGCUUUAGGUUUUGGGAGAACAAGACAGCACUCUGGAAUCCAUGGUUGAGACAGGUUAGAUGGAUCGAGUACGAGAAUAAAGAGUUCUGUGUUUUCGGCUUAGGAUACGAUAAUAGUAGACCCCAAAAGGUAUACAAGAUCUUGGGCUAUUUUGUUUCUCACGGUAAAGUCCUAAUCAAGAAAGAUCAGAGAGUUGCGAUCUACGGGUGUGAGUCUCACGCGUUGAGGUUUAUUGAUACACCUGAAGAUGACUGGCCCAUAACUGAAACAGCUAAACGAUCAAACGUGUCCUUGAAUGGAAAUCUCUAUUUGUUAACUUGUAGUAAUUUUGCGACUCAGGAGUACUUCAUCCGAAUCUUUGAUUUCUCGACGGAGAAUUUCAAACCGCUCUGUCUCCUUCCGUGUAAAAAGAACCAUGAAAUUGAUGAACUUCUCCUCGCGGUUUAUAAGGGAGAUCAGUUUUCGUUGUUAAAGCAAUCUUGUGUAACAAAGGAGAUUGGGAUAUGGGUAACGAAGGAGAGGAUUAGUAAUAACAAUGGCGACGGUGAAGAGGGCGUGGAGUGGAUAAAGUUGAUGACCUUGUCAAUAACUAACUUGGCAAAGCUAUUUGGUAAGUCUUAUCGCGUUAGUUACUUCAUCUAUGAGAAAACCUUAUACAUGUGUAAUAACGACGAUGAAAUUGGAUUGGCUUGCAUCUGUAUUGUGAGGGAAGAUCUGUGCAAGAAGAUUCAAAUAGUCAGAUUGAAGAUUACUAGGAUAUUUCUGAUUUGCCCUCCCGAUAAAGCUUGCUUCUUCCCUCGGAUGGUGGUGCUUCGGGGAUCCUACUUUUCCUCCGAUGAUACUCAGAGUUGCUUCCUCUUUUCGUCUCCUUAAGCAUUUUCUUCAUUGUUUACUCGCCUAUGGACUUUUAUGUAAUAUCGAGGUUCUUCAUAACUGUUUUAUUUGAAAACACUCUGCUCCAUCAAAAAAAUAGUUUUAGCUAUU